GAGAAAACACCACCACAGGAAGGAAGUGAAGGCUAUUUGAGACGCUUGGUGAUAUGGGAGAAUUUCAUAUACCCAUCUGAAUUCGGCAUGAAACGAUUGGCUGAGGAAGCUGUUCAUGGACCGAAGGAACUGGUGGACAAGUCGGAGGAAGCAGAGGAUCCCGACGUGGAUGAUCAAAUUCAGUUCGAUUUAGAAGACCGCGUUGGUUGGCGGAAGGCUUCGUUGAGCAUGCGACGUCGCAUCCGUCAGUAUCAACUGGCUCGGCUUAAGUACUUCUAUGCAAUCAUAGAAUUUGACAGCGCAGAAACAGCAGAAGCUGUGUACAACGCGUGCGACGGUUUUGAAUAUGAGAGCUCCGGUGCCAAGUUCGAUUUGCGUUUUGUGGACGAUAGAGAGGAAUUUUCGGUAAGACAUUGA